AUGGAUGACAGCGACAAAUUUCAUGGGUUUAAACCCGCACCAAUGGCGAAAGCCAGAAUGGAGCCGGAGAAGAGGCCUCCUCGAAACCUUUCAGGACACAAGAGGGGUGAAAAGUUUUUUUUCCCUCAAGACUUAAGCUCCAGUCCUUGUGAACCUGAGAAUGUAAGGAUGAGAACCUUGGAAUCAUACUCCGUAGAGCGAAGCGAGAAACGAUUGUCAGCCACUUAUUCAAUCAUGAAACGCCUUGCAGCACCGGCCGCCUAUCAAAUCCAUGCUCACAGAUACAGGUACAUGGGCAUGGCCUAUGGUCUGGCCCUGCCUGCAAAAGCGGAUUUGGUCGCCCCGGUCAGGGCCUGGAACCUUGUGAGAGCAAGUCGUUCCAAGGAAGAAGCCGCUUGGGCUAGUGAGGACUGA